UUGUUUUGACACAGACAUUUCACCGGUCUUUUGGUAAUAAGGGUAAUACUGGAAAGUUUGAGUCGUUCGGUUUCCUAAACUCUUAAAUAAAUCUCGUUAAUAUAUUUCAUGUAUAAAUUACCGGUAACUUUAAAAUUUCAAGUGUGUUUCACGAUCCGUUUCCAUUCCUCCAAGUCAAAGUUACUUAAAAUUAUUACCCAAAUGCCGUUGGACCCGAAACAUAUAGCGGAGGCACAAAAACAGCGACUUAAACUGAAACAAAAAGUUAUAAAAACCUCUCCUGGUAUCGUGAAUCUUCAGAUUGUUGGAUGUGGUGCACCUGGAGCUCCAGCUUCGGUAUAUCUUUUCAGCGACCAAUGUCGAUACCUCUUCAACUGUGGCGAAGGAACGCAAAGACUGGCAUAUGAGCAUAAGACAAAACUUUCAAGUUUAGAAAAUAUUUUUAUAACAAGAACUUCCUGGGAAAGAAUCGGAGGUUUACCUGGAAUCUGUUUGACUAUGCAAGAUGUAGGAGUUCCUAAUGUGACUCUGCAUGGUCCUCCAGGGCUGGGUGAGUUGUUCAAAGCAAUGAGGCGGUUCGUUAUAUUAAAAGAUAUGAAGGUAGAUGCUCCGGAGUACAGAGCCGGUGAUGCAUAUGAAGAUCACGUAAUGACCCUGAAAUAUGUGGUAAUAAACAGGGAAUCUGACUUUACUUCACAUUCUGACGAUGAAGAAGAGUUAGCUGAGACAGCCGUAGACGACACUGACUACUAUGCCUACGAAAAACGCAGAAAAUCCGAACCUGCACAGAAAAUAAUUGUUUCCAUCAAACAGCAUCAGGAUUGGACCAAACGUCAGGAAAGCUCUGUUAUGGCAUACAUUUGCAAACUUAAGCUUCGUUUUGGACAAUUAUCACUUGAAAAAUGUGUGGAUAAAGGAGUCGUGCCAGGCCCUUUACUGGGUCAGCUGAAAAAUGGAAAAGAUAUCACUCUCCCUAAUGGAACAUUGGUGAAAUCAAGUGAUGUUCGAGGUCCUGAUGACCCUGGACCAGUAUUUAUUUUCAUAGAUAUUCCUAACGAAGCGUAUCUUAAUGACCUUGAGGAGAAAAAGGAAGUUUUUGCUCCAUACCAAAGCACUGCAACAGAUGAUUCCAAUCAGGCUUUGUACGUAAUACACUUUAGUCCCUUAGAGGUGAUGGAUACUUCUCUAUACAAAAAGUUUAUGGAUAGAUUCUCUCCAAGUACUAUGCAUCUAGCGUUAAAUGCAAUCAAUAGCUUUUCUGGUUACGUUGCAUCUCAUAGAAUACAAUAUCAUUUGAAUCAGGUAGAUAGGCAGAUAUUUCCUUUGCUGAGAGAAGAAAAUAAUGAUUACAGUAAACCCGUUGGUAUCGGUGAAAAUAAUCUAGUUCGUUCUUCUUCUCUAAGCUAUUUACAUAUUCGACCAAAAAAAGGAAUUGAACGUGCUCUAGAGGCUGUUAUAACGCCCAACGAUUAUCUCAAAGAACUCGAAGACUUACCAGAUUUUAAGCAAGCGUUGAAUGACGUGCGUGAGAAAUUGGAAGCUCAAAAACAUGGAGGUACACAGAUGAUAACUCGUUCGGAAGCAUUUCCACGAUUAGUGUUUCUUGGAACUGGUUCAUCGAUUCCCAACAAAACUCGCAAUGUUAGUGCAAUUCUUAUACACACAAAUCCAGAUUCGUCGAUUCUUUUCGAUUGUGGAGAAGGAACGGCUGGGCAGAUUGUUAGGUUUUUCGGACAGGAAAAGGCGAUGCAUGUUUUUAGCACUUUAAAAGCAAUUUAUAUUUCCCACUUGCAUGCGGAUCAUCAUUUAGGUUUGUUCGGACUUCUGCAAAUGAGACGUCGAUUGCUGGGAUCAGACUGUGAUAAAAUACUUCUUUUGGCACCAGAACAAAUUUCGUACUGGCUAAGAUUGUAUGAUUGUCGCUUUGAACCGCUACACAAUGAAUAUAUUUUGGUUAAAAAUGCGGGGCUGAUAGACCAACCACUGCGAGUGGAAAAGAUUCUCGAUAUGGGUAUAACAGAAAUAGCUACAUGUCGCGUUCGUCAUUGUCCACAUUCUUUCGGCGUUGCUAUUCGUACGAUAUCUAGUUACAACGGGAUAAAUGGUGAAAAUGUUAAAAUCACCUACAGUGGUGACACCAUGCCCUGUCAUGAGCUCGUGAAUCUCGGAAAGGAUUCAACGAUUCUUAUUCAUGAAGCCACAAUGGAAGAUGAGCUGGAGGCAGAAGCAAAAAUAAAAAUGCAUAGUACUCUCUCGCAAGCGAUCAAUCAAGGCGAAAGAAUGAAUGCAAAGUAUACUUUACUGACGCAUUUCAGUCAACGAUACGCCAAAAUACCGCGUAUUGAAUCUGUGUUAGGAACCAAUUUAGGAAUAGCUUUCGACAAUAUGGAAGUAACACUGGAUGACUUACCGUCGUUAUGCUUAUUUUAUCCUGCUCUUAAGGCGAUGUUUAUUAGUCACUUCGAGGAGAUGGAACAAAAGGCGAUUAAACGGGAAAACAAGAGGCUGCGGUUAGAGCCUAGUAACAGCGGUAGUAGUAGUAAAGAAACAUCCCCUAUUCGAUAGAAACAGUAGGUCAUAUAUUGUUAAUUAGUAUAAUAUGUUUACUCAUCCGAAUUAGGAAA